CAUCCUUCCUCAGCCAAUCAGCGAGCGCGGGGCGUGGUACACCGUCGCAAUCUUUCUCCCUGGGCGUGGCCAUUGAGUGGGGGCUGCUCGGUCCAGUUAGGGCCCGGCGGGCAGUGGGGGAAGAUGGCGGCGUCCUCAGGGUCCCUGCUGCACGGGGCGGCGGAGGCGCUGGGAGCGUCGGAAGCGGCGCUGAGACUCAUCCUGUCCAUCUUCAGCGGAUACCCGUUGGCCUUAUUUCAGCGAUACUUCCUCUUUAAGAAGCAGCCAUCCCAUAUCCAUCUGUUCAACACAGUGACCGGGCUCUGCAUCGCCUACUUUAACUUUGGCUCUAUGUUGUACCACUCGCUGUUAUGCAUUGUGCUACAUUUUCUCAUGCUGCGCCUUAUGGGGAGAACAGUCACGGCGGUACUGACCAGUUUCUGCUUCCAGAUGGGCUAUCUCUUAUUUGGCUAUUACUACACAGCCACGGACGACUAUGACAUCAAGUGGACCAUGCCGCACUGCGUCCUUACACUGAAACUGAUCGGGCUCGCCUUUGAUUACUACGAUGGCGGAAAAGCCAAGACCACGCUGAACCCUGAGCAGCAGCGCUAUGCAGUGUCGCGAGUCCCCACGUUGCUGGAGGUCUGUGGCUUCUCCUAUUACUAUGGGGGUUUUUUAGUAGGCCCCCAGUUCUCUAUGUGCAGCUACCUGAAGCUGGUGACCGGCCAGCUGACUGAUGUGGAGGGAGAGAAGCCGAACAGCGUCCUGCCAGCGAUGAAGCGUUUGUGCCUUGGAUUCUUCUUUCUGACGAUAUACACAGUGUUUUCCCCCUACCUGCCUGACAACUACUUCUUGACGGAAGAGUAUGCGAACGAGCCGCUCUGGUACCGCUGUGUGUACAUGACGAUUUGGGGCAAAGUGACUCUGUAUAAAUAUGUGACCUGCUGGCUGGUGACGGAAGGUGUCUGUAUUCUCUCCGGCCUUGGUUACAACGGGAAAGAUGAAACAGGCGAAGCUCGCUGGGAUGCCUGCGCCAAUAUGAAGGUGUGGCAGUUUGAAACCACACCCCUUUUCACAGGAACCAUCGCCAGCUUCAACAUCAAUACCAAUGACUGGGUGGCGAGAUACGUGUUUAAGCGUCUCCGUUUCCUCGGCAAUAAGGCAGUGUCUCAGGGAGCCGCCCUCUUCUUCCUGGCCAUUUGGCAUGGUCUGCAUUCGGGAUACCUCAUCUGUUUCUCCCUCGAGUUUCUUAUAGUCGUUGUGGAAAGACAGAUGAUAGAGUUGGUGAGGGACAGUCCAGUGCUCAGUCACAUAUGCUCCUUCGCUCUGUUGCGCCCUCUGCUGUACGUGGUGCAGCAGUUCUUCCACUGGCUCUUCAUGGGAUACCCGCUGGUGCCAUUCUGCCUUUUUACCUGGGACAAGUGGUUCAAGGCGUACAUAUCUGUCUAUUUUAUAGGCCACAUAUUCUUUUUAAUGCUGCUCUUUGCACUGCCUUAUUUGCGGAAAGUCCUGGUGCAAAGGAGGGACAAGUCGGAGAAAGCCCACUGACAGUACUCUAUGAUUGUACAUCACUCCUUGUGGCGUUGGUUAGCACAUCCACUGGGAAGCACUCUCCAUGCUGGCUGGAUUUUAACCUGAAGAACUCGGGGUUUACAAAGUUAACACUGCCAGGAAGGAUAAUAAUUGCUGAUUAUUUUUUUUAAAAAUGACAAACUGAUUGCUGAUACCACUGCAGCGAUGCGGGGGUGCCCCAGACCUGUUUUAUAGACUUUUCUACCGUUUGGGGUUAUUACCUGGAAAUCCCACUACUUGAACUUUUUAGGUUUCUGAAGACUGUUGCCCAAAUGCUUUGAGAUCAUUUCCCCCACCCCACACAAAGGAAAAAAAAUAAAAAUCCCCCCCCCCCCCCCCCAUUUAUGGUGUCACUGGGCAGCUGCGAUGGUAAAAUGGCAUCUUUAGCACCGGAUACUAGUACCGGCCAGGGAUGCUGACUAUGGCCUGUGCUUGAUCAGACCAGAGGUGCUGCUAGUUUACGUUAGAUAAAGGGAGUCUGUGUACAGAUGCGGCCAGUAUGAUGUGGGCCCCGCAACGGGCCCCAGCUCCAUGGAAUAUGUGAAAACGUGACACCAGACCUAGCCAAUCAAAGCUCCCUAAGCAUUGUUCAAAGAAAGUGCACUUGGAUUGGCUGGUUGCUGUCAUGUGAUCACAACUGUGGCCCUCAGCCAUGUCCUGCCUUUUUAAGAGUUGCAAUAAAGCACUCUGCCAAGUAA